AUGCUGGCGUCCAGACGUCUCGCAUUCGCCCUCAGGCGUCAAUCGCUGAGGUCAUACGCGACGAGUGCCAGUCCAACUGCUGCUUUUGCUGGGAAGAAGGAUGCAGACGGGAAAUACACUGUUACGCUUAUCCCUGGUGAUGGCAUUGGUCCGGAGAUCAGCGAAUCCAUAAAGGAAAUUUAUGCGGCCGCUAAGGCAUCAUGCAAGGUUCCCAUUGUUUGGGAAGAGGUCAGUGUUGACCCCAUCCUAGUGAAUGGGAAAACCGUGAUCCCAGAAGAGGCGAUCGCUAGCGUUAAAAAAAACACUGUUGCCCUUAAGGGUCCGCUGGCCACCCCGAGUAGUCGGAAAGGGACACGUAUCACUCAACUUAACAUUACGACGAACAUUCUCUCUCUUUGCCAACGUUCGCCCGUGUCUUUCCAUCAAGGAUACAAGACUCCCUACGAUAAUGUCAACACUGUUCUCAUCCGCGAAAACACCGAAGGCGAGUAUUCAGGUAUUGAGCACGAGGUAGUCGACGGUGUUGUUCAGUCAAUUAAACUUAUCACUCGCGAGGCAUCCGAGCGUGUUGCUCGAUAUGCCUUCCACUACGCACGGGCCCAAAACAGACCACGAGUCACUGCAGUGCACAAAGCUAAUAUCAUGAAAUUAUCCGAUGGGCUCUUCUUGGAUGCAUGCCGGCAAGUCUCGGGGGAAUUUCCCGACGUCAAGUAUGACGAGGACCUUCUAGAUCGCGUCUGCUUACAAAUCGUACAGAAUCCUGCGCCGUAUGCUGACCGCGUGAUGGUGAUGCCAAAUUUGUAUGGUGAUAUCUUGUCUGAUAUGUGCGCUGGUCUCAUCGGUGGAUUGGGACUUACGCCAUCUGGAAAUAUUGGAAAGGAUGCUUCCAUUUUUGAAGCUGUUCAUGGUUCAGCCCCCGACAUUGCUGGCAAGGGUCUGGCGAAUCCAACCGCAUUAUUGUUGUCCUCGAUGAUGAUGUUAAGGCAUAUGAGCUUGGAUGGAUAUGCCAAAAAGAUUGAGGAUGCUACUCUAUCGACAAUUGCGGAAGGGAAAUACAUCACAGGAGACCUUGGCGGGAAAGCUUCGACGAAGGACUAUACCAAGGCCAUAGUCAGGAAACUCCCCUGA